AUGUUCCCCUUCGGGCCAAUUGGAGGAGAAUCCUCAAGAGUGGAGGAGUAUUAUAACUGGAAUAUAUUCUUUGUAGUAUCGGAUAUGUGCACGUUCAACUGCAAAAAGUGGACCCUGUUCACAUUUUGUUUAAUUGAUCUAGUAGGCACACUGAUCAUGGUAAUAGCCUUGUGUGUGGUCAUCAAUAAAGCUGAUUAUGCUGAUCAAACCGAUCACACUAUUACCAAGGACCAAUUCAAUGCAUCUAAGAAAGUGGCAAUAGGACUAAUAGCGGCGAUCGGUACGAUCAACAUAUUGAUAGGAAUGCUGGGCCUAUGCGGUGCUUUCAAAGAACAUUACUGUAUGACUGUGACCUGUAUGUGUAUAGCACUCAUGGUGGUGGUAACCCUGGGCAGCAUCGGGAAGGCCGCGGGCAGUGGAUAUGGUGCCUAUUGGUUCACGUUUGUCAUCAAUACCCUGAUCACAGCAUUGGCCUGUUGGUAUGCCAAAGACCUCAAUAGACGCCAUCAGGAAUCUAUGCCUAAAAAUAAUGUGCCAGCUCAGUUUACAAUAUAG